AUUCACGGCAGAGAACGUGACGGAGCAGCGGUGCCACUUCUACUCCACGGCGCAGAAAUUUGUCUGUCGGGUGAAGGUUCCACCUGGCACCGAAGACACUAAAGCCCUCGUGGUGUCUGUCUGUGUCAGAAGCCGUGCGGGAAGCAGCACUGGGGAGGACCGCAUCAUUACCCUUAAUGGCAUCCUGAAGCCGGACCCCCCCCUGAACGUGACUGUGGAGGCGGUGGAGCUUUCCCCGCAGCGGCUGCGCGUGCGCUGGAGUUACCCCCCCUCCUGGGACCCCCGCUUCUAUUGGCUGCGCUUCCAGGUGCGCUACCGACCCGAGCCGACUCCGACCUUCACCCAGGUGGACCAGGUGACGCAGCUGUGGUUGGACAUCGGCGAUGCCUGGCGGGGCACCCGGCACGUGGUGCAGGUGAGGGCACAGGAGGAGUUUGGGCACGGAGCGUGGAGCGAAUGGAGCCGGGAGCUCCGCACUGGGUGGGUCCCCGGCUGA